GCAACUGUGACGGUUUAUUGUGACUGUAACUUCCAGUGAUCAGAAUGUGAUUGAUCUGCAGUUCGUUAGUAAAAAUCAAAAAUGGAAAACGACGAGUGAAAAAUAAAUUCUUGCUGAUCAGGAAGCGCGACGUUACGCGAGAUCUUUGCCAGUCGAUCAUGAAGAUCGCUUAAAGUGCGAACAAGUACUUAACAAUAAUGAGCACAAUGAAAAAUUUGUUUGUAAUAUUGCGCGAUAUGUAUUAUUUCAUGGGAUGAGUUCCUCUCCUAUUUUGGUAUCUCUCUGCGUUAUUCGCGUUGAGAUUAUUGACGAGAAUUCUGAAGAAUCGAAUGGCGCAAUGGCUGCCAAGAUGAGGGGUUGCAGAGAACCGACAAAGAUAAAUAUGGAGAAUUGCACAAGUCUCACGGAGAAGCCAGACUUAUCGCUUCCUUCUCAGGGAACUAGCACAUCCGGCUCUACCUCUAGAGCCAACUCCGAGGAAGCUACUUAUGAUAAUUCAGAGAUCGCCGGUGCAAGUGCGUGCGCCUGCGAUCAAAUAAAUUUCAUCUCCGGAAACCCAUUCGUCGAAGUGACUAAAGGAAUUAUACAUUUGUAUAAAGAAAACAAAUUAACAGACAUACGUCAUGCGGCGGAACGUACCCAAACUAUCUGCAUUCUUGCAGUCCCAGCUACGAUGACCUGUCACGAUCUUCUAAGGUUUACGGCGCCUUGCCAUCAAGAUGUUCGGCAUUUCAGGAUACUUAAAGACGGCAGUCCUAAUCAAUACAUGGCGUUGAUUACCUUCAAAUCUGCGAAUGCAGCGACAGAGUUUUAUGGUUCUUUUAAUGGUACUCCGUACAAUUCCUUUGAGCCAGAUGUUAUAUGUCACAUGGUGUUUGUGUACAGCGUAGAAGUAACAUAUAAUACUAUGCCUUUAUCGGGGCAUACAGAAUUACCACUUUGUCCAGUUUGUUUAGAAAGAAUGGAUGAAAGCGUGGAUGGAAUUUUAACGAUUCUGUGCAAUCACACGUUUCAUGCAAGUUGCUUGGCCAAGUGGGGAGAUACUUCGUGUCCAGUUUGUAGAUAUGCUCAAACACCAGAGCCAAUUGCAGAUAGUUAUUGUAUGGAAUGUAAUAGCGGAGAGAGCAACGAUGCUUUAUGGAUCUGCUUGAUAUGUGGGCAUAUAGGUUGCUCGCGGUAUCACCAAGGGCACGCUUUCCAACAUUAUCGCGAGACACACCACUGUUACGCCAUGCAAUUAGGCAACAAUAGAGUAUGGGAUUACGUUGGAGAUAAUUUUGUUCACCGAUUGUUACAAAACAAAGAUGGGAAAAUGGUCGAAGGGGGACCUACAGCGACCAAGAUCGAGGGUGCUGCGAUGGAAGAGAAAGUAGAUUCCGUACAGUUGGAAUUUAUUUAUCUUCUAACGUCACAAUUAGAAACACAAAGGCAGUAUUUCGAAGAGAGAUUGGUACGAUUAGAGCAACAUUCUGUUGUACAAACCACAGAGCUUAGAGAUAAGCUGAGUCAAAUAUCGGAAGAAAAUGCCAAAGUUAAGGAAAAGUUAACGACACUGAGUCGUGAAAAGCAAAGCGUUGAUAAACGACUACAGCAAGUUAGUAAUAAGUUGGUGCAAGUUCAGGUGGAAUUAACCGAAGAAAAGGAACUAAGAAAGGCAUUAGAAUUGAAUCAAAUCUCUUGGCAAGACAAGUACAAAACGCUGCAGAAUGAAAUGACGGAAUGUCAAAACGCGAAGCAAACGGAAGUUGCAGAUCUGAAGGAACAGGUUCAAGAUUUAAUGUUUUAUCUUGACGCUCAAAAGAAAAUCGAAAGUUCAGAAUUGAGGGAGGAAAUCGCGUCGGGUCGUAUAUUGAUCCCGGAAACUUCCGGCACCGUUAAAAAAAACACUCGCCCAUCAAAAUCUCGCAAAAAACGUUGAUGUUGCCCCCUCCCAAUAUUCUUUAUAGCAAUUAAAAUUUAAACUCAAUUUAGAAAUUAUAUUGAUUUAUAUAUUUCGUGAGUUUAAUUAUUAUUUAAAUUAAAAGUGGCCGGCUCGAGCAACUUGCAAUACGAAAUUUGAAAGUUAAUUUGCUGGUUUCUACUUUUGUAUGGUCGAAUUUGAGACGCACCGAUAAAAAGUAAAAAUCAGUAUUAUGAAGACCACAAAAAUUUUCGAAGUUUUUUUUUUAAAUACAAGGUGUCUUUAUUUUGUAAACGUUUAUAUAAUUGAGCAGCUUGCGAAGGGAAUUUUGCGGUCUAUCACGUAUGCGUGUAUACAAAUUGUGAAAUAAAAAUUUCGAAUUCUUCUUUUUUAUAUUAAAAUAAUAAACAAAUUAAAAAUAGUAUUGUGUUUAUCAAUUUCCGCUAAACUGGUGUUUGAAACCUAAAAAAGUUACUUUCUAUUAAACACAUACCAAGUGUUAUUGUGUGAUACAGUGAUUCUAUUAUAGACAAAACGUUUUUUAAAUCACACAUUUUAAAAUUUAGU